AAGUACUACGCCUUUCAAGCCCAUGUCGACCAUUCGCGCUUCUGGUCGUGAUAGAAGCGGUAGUCCUCGCCAGAAAACCGGCAAUGUCGUACAAAACCGAGUCGAAAGCCCGUUCGUUACAACUACCGACGUUAUGAGCGAAAUCAAUCGCCACUUAGCCGAUCUUCACAAGCAUAAGAACAGCAGCGACACCGAAUAUACAGGGGAUGAGGACAACAACAAUUUGCGUAGCAAAAAAGCGCCACGCUUUGAACUACAGCGCAAAUUUGGUGACGGAACAACGCGCAGGGCAUCACCAGCCGAACAAGCCGCUAACGAUAUGAAUUCUAAGCUCCAGCAAGUUGCAGUGCACGUAGCCAGUCUCUCUACGACACGAGAACAGUAUGCAUGGGCCGAAGCACAACGAAGUCUUGGAAAUGAAUUCUAUCAUCAACAAGAGUAUGAGCAAGCCAUCGACGUCUACUUGACGUGUUUAAUUGCUGUACAACCUCAAGACGAGUCAGACUGCCUGGUCCUAGUCUUGUUUCUAAAGGUCAUGAACAACCUCGCCCUAUCCGCCCUACAACUCGGAUGGUACAAAAAGACCAUUGACUUCUGCACCUUAGCCUUGGAUCGCGUCAGGAAACAGCAAUCGCUUCACUCACACCAGCAACACGUGCAACUACAAAUGACCAAAAUUUAUUACAAACGGGGCAAGGCACGCCGGCUGCGAGGCGAGUACAAGCAAUCUCGUGCCGAUUUGCGAGCAGCGCAAUCGCAAAUAUCGGUUGGCGAGUAUAUCAUUAUCGAUGAAUCACAGCAACAACAGAGCUUUCAAGAGGCGAUUGACAAGGAAUUCCAGCUGCUGCACCAGGCAGAGUUCCAAGGCAGGCGCAACCAAGAAAAGCAGCAACGAGCCAUGCGGCAAAUUCUCCUUCAUUCGGGGGAGAAACAGCUUGCUCUGGGCACAGCGACAGAUCAAGCAGCCAAUGAAUGUAUCGCCUUAUACGCGGAAAAAGCAUCCAAACGAACAUUUUCUGCGUUGCGUGCUCCAGCAACAUCCCUUGUGGAUGACGAUAGCACCUUUGACAUCGAUGAAGAGUCGAUGACACCGACUUUGUGGCAAUACUAUCUUACGGUUAUAGGUCGAGUUGCCGAGACAUUGCUCUUUUGGAUCGGAGACGAGGAAUAUGUGCAAAGUGUCUCGGAGCGGAAGAAAGCCAUGUAG